CUCGUCUUGGACAGAAAGGUCGAAGGAAGACAGAAAGAUGUAAAAGACGACCUGAGGUGCCCAGCAAAGCCAAUGGUGGGACGGCCAGUGAUGUUGGCAGCAGAAGAGGUUCCCCUAGGAGAGCUGUAAGGUAUUGUCAAUGAAAAGAGUACUUGGAAAGAUCCCAUCCUAUUUGGAAAGAGAGAAGAAUACUGUUUAGACUUCUACGCUUUUUUGUACUAUGAUUUUUUUUUGUGGAAAUCUUAUGGAUAAACCAAUAACCGGCAUCUCAGAGGACCAGGCAACGGCAAGUAUUAAGAUGGCAUGAAGCAGGAGGCUCUCCCCUGUACUGAUGUUCUCUGAACGCUCUCUCCCCUGUACUGAUGUUCUCUGAAGGCUCUCUCCCCUGUACUGAUGUUCUCUGACUGAACGCUCUUUCCCCUGUACUGAUGUUCUCUGAAGGCUCUCUCCCCUGUACUGAUGUUCUCUGAACGCUCUCUCCCCUGUACUGAUGUUCUCUGAACGCUCUCUCCCCUGUACUGAUGUUCUCUGAACGCUCUCUCCCCUGUACUGAUGUUCUCUGAACGCUCCCAUGGAGGAUGACUGGCCAGACAAAUCUUCAGAAAAACUCGUCCCCCAACUUACACCCGCGGUCAGCCAAUAAGACACCAAUCGAAAAUGAUGAGGAACCUGCAGACAACUGCCGCAGUAGGCCUUUAUCAGUGUGCGAUGACACCUCUUCUGAGCUACAAAGGGUCAUUUCCCAAGAUCAUGAUGAUGGGGUGUCACAGGCGUCUUUUAGAGGGAGGGGCGCUCUGUCCAGGAUAGUGCGCCUGGUGGUGGUCUUGCGGGAAUGGGCCCAGCGGAGUCUCCAUGAUCAGGAUCAAAGGCCCGAUUCCUUUCUAGACCGAUUCCGGGGACCUGAAGGGCAAGCUGCAGAGGAAAAUACUGGAAAGGGGAAAGAAACUCAAGAUAGAAAAGUCGAAACCAAGGCAACCCAACGAGUGAAGUUAUCGGAAAGAUUUGUGCUCGAUCCUUCCGGAAAAUGGUAUUAUCGGUGGCUCUAUGUCAUAGCCGCACCUGUGCUGUAUAAUUGGUUCCUGUUAAUAGUGAGGGCCUGCUUUAAUGACCUUCAAACCAGUUAUAUUAUAGUAUGGCUUACCUUGGACUAUAUUUGUGACAUCAUAUACAUCAUGGACAUUGUAAUCCGAUUCCGUACAGGAUUUUUGGAACAGGGGAGGUUGGUCCGAGAUACAAAAAUGCUAAGUGACAACUACAUCCAUACCUUGCAGUUUAAACUGGAUGUACUUUCGAUACUUCCAACCGAUCUCGGUUACUUGGCUAUUGGACUGCAGUGGCCAGAGGUGCGCUUCAACAGACUUCUGCACUUUCCGCGCAUGUUUGAAUGCUUCGACCAGACGGAGACUCGGACCAGUUACCCCAAUAUCUUUAGAAUCAUUAACCUAGUUUUGUACAUUAUACUUAUUAUACAUUGGAAUGCAUGCAUUUAUUAUGUUAUAUCUAAGGCCAUUGGUUUUGGAACAGAUACAUGGGUCUACCCAAAUAUUACCGAUACUGAACAUGAUUACCUAACUCGUGCAUAUGUCUACUGUCUGUACUGGUCCACUUUGACUCUCACCACCAUUGGAAAUUCCCCAACCCCCAUGACCGACACAGAGUAUGUUUUCAUCGUUUUUGACUUUUUGGUUGGGGUUCUGAUCUUCGCCACCAUUGUUGGUAAUGUGGGCUCCAUGAUUUCAAACAUGAAUGCCACGAGGACUGAGUUCCAGGGUAAAAUAGAUGCCAUCAAGCAUUACAUGCAGUUUAGAAAAGUAAGCAAGGAUUUGGAGGCCAAAGUCAUCCGAUGGUUUGACUACGUCUGGACAGCCGAGAAGACGGUGGAUGAAAAGGAGGUGUUGAAGAAUCUCCCUGCCAAACUGAGAGCCGAAAUUGCCAUAAAUGUUCAUCUGGAAACUUUGAGAAAGGUUCGGAUCUUCCAGAACUGCGAAGCCGGUCUCUUGGUUGAGUUGGUCCUAAAACUCCAUCCUCAAGUUUUCAGCCCCGGCGAUUACAUCUGCCGUAAAGGAGACAUCGGCAGAGAGAUGUACAUAAUCAAGGAGGGGAAGCUCGCUGUGGUCGGAGAGGAUGGAAUAACUCAGUACGCUAUUCUCACUUCAGGGAGUUGUUUUGGUGAGAUUAGUAUCCUCAAUAUCAAAGGGAGUAAGAUGGGAAAUCGAAGGACUGCCAGUAUUCGGAGCCUCGGGUACUCGGACCUUUUCUGCCUUUCCAAGGAUGACCUGAUGGAAGCUUUGGUAGAGUAUCCAGAUGCCAAGAAGAUCUUGGAAGAGAGAGGAAGAGAAAUACUGACCAAGGAAGGCCUGCUUGAUGAGACCAAGGAGACAAAUUUGAUGGAAGGCAAAUCUCCUGAGGAAAAAUUGGAGGUUCUGGAAUCCAAUGUGGACAUCUUAAACACUCGCUUUGCUCGUUUGCUCCGAGAAUACAGUUCUGCUCAUCAAAGCCUCAAACAAAGGGCCAUCCUACUAGAGGGGAGAUUAAAGGUCCUUCAGGAGCGAGACGUUUUCUCAGAUGAGAUGUAGAGAAAAAGUAUCUACUAACAAAACUAUAGUCCUGCUUCAUCAAAGGCUUCUUCUGUAAAAAUCAUUUUGAAUCUAUAUUAAAGGUGAAGUUUAAC